AUGGAAGGCUUCCUGGUCUCCAAGACCCUGUUUACAGUGUGUGAGAUGGGUUUAUUUGAUCUGCUGGCCUCGUCACGGCGCCCCCUGUCUCUAGAGGAGGUAGUGCAGGUAAUCAGGGCCAGCCUGAGCGGUACUGAGAAGCUGUAUCUGACCCGGUCCAUCCACUACAGCUCCAAGACUAUCUACCUCUGCUGGCACUACCUGAUUGAUGCUGUGAGGGAAGGCAGUAACCAGUAUGAGAAGGCAUUUGGUGUCAAAGUUGAUGAUUUGUUUGAAGCCAUGUACAGACACUGUUUGGGUUGUAUAGGUUACCGUGACAACACGAUCACCUGGUUUACCCUCUCCGGUGCCAAGGCUGUUUAUUCAUGUGAUUAUAAUACUUUGAUCCUAUAUUACCCAUCACUGCAUCUAUCUCUCUCUUUAGGUUGUAGUGGAGCCCUAGCCAAGAAAUGUGUUGACGUACCCAGAAUGCAGUUGACGAUCUUUGAAAUCCAGAGAACACUUUGUUACCGGCGACAACCAGACGAUCAGCUUCCAAUAAGUUCCACAAAGAGAGAAAGCCAAUCAAUGACCUCAGACAAAGCGAUGGGAGGAGCCCGUAACAAGUUCUAUCCCAAGUUAUCUUUGCCAUUGACUGACAGCAUUGUAUGUAUAGUGGACUUUUUCAAAGAUGAGUUGCUAGAAGCUGACCUCUACAUUCUGGCGAGAAUCCUUCAUGACUGGACGGACACACAGCAUAGAACUACUGAGAAGUCUACAGGGCCUGCAAACCAACUAUACACACCCUCCUCCAUCCCCCUCUCUCUCCUUCAGUCAUUCUCUCUGAUGAGAAAGAUCAGAUGCGAUUUGACUCUCCUUACUCUUCCGCACCCCCCUUCUUCGCCUUGGGUGACUGUGUCAACAAAAGCAUCCUGUCAGACAAGCCCACAAAUACAUACAUACACACACACACACACACAUACACACACACACGCACGCAUGCACACACGCACACAAUCUCUGGCCUUUGAGAGCUCUGCUGUAGCCAUAAGCUUGCUACAUAACACAAACACACUCACACACUUGCAAGUACAUAACACACACACACACACACACACAUUCUGCAUAACAAUGAAGAUAUUGUUUAACCUUCAGCUCAACCUUCUGCUAGAAACAAACAGCAAGCAGCAGUCUGGGUAUGACAACUGUCAUGACUGACCAUGAGAAUCCAAAAAGGUCAGAUCAGGUUUGCAAUUAAUCAUUUCAAUCAGACCCCCUCUUAACUGUAGAGGGGGAAGGAAAGAACUAGUGGGGAUUAACAACUCACGUCCUGUUGUAAAUUAAUAACCUGUUACAGCUCCCCCCCUACUUUGUGCAAUUUCCGCCUGAAGACAUACCCAAAUCUAACAGCCUGUAGCUC